UGACUGGGGUUCUUGGUUCGUCUGUCUUUUCCCACAAUGUUUGCUCGUCGCGUUUUCCCUUCUCUAUUAAGCCGUAACAUGUCCACUUUGACCCGCGUUCAAACUAGCUCUGCUCCUGCCGCCAUUGGUCCCUAUGCCCAGGCCAUUAAGGUCAAUGGUUUUGUCUACACCUCGGGCCAGAUUCCCAUCAUUCCUGAAACUGGAAACUUGAUUGAGGGUGGCGUUGUUGAGCAGACCAACCAAGUCUUGACUAACCUUUCUGAGGUUCUCAAGGCCGCUAACUCGGAUCUCACCAAGGUCAUCAAGACUACCGUUUUCUUGAAGGACAUGAACGACUUUGUCGCCAUGAACGAAGUCUAUGGUUCGUUCUUCAGCACCCACCAGCCCGCUCGCAGCGCUGUCCAGGUCGCUCGUUUGCCCAAGGAUGUCGCUGUUGAAAUUGAAUGCGUCGCUUUGACUGAUUAAAUUUUAUGUAACAUAUAGCAGGAAAAUUACUUUUGCAUUGUAUAAUCGAAUAAAUGAACUUGCUAAACUGCAAAAGGCCAAUGUUCCGACAUGCUUUCCUCU